AUGGUAAACGAGAAUAUAAAUUUAGAGGGUAUUAACACAAGCAGACACAAACAAAUAAGAAAGUUCAGAAUGUGUGAUGUAUAUUCAAAAAAAAAUAUAUCGGAAAAAAAAUUAUAUUUUUUACAAAAUUUUAAUAAGGUAUAUAACAAUGAUUUCAAGAGGAAAAGGCUAAGAAGAAAAGAAAAAAAAGAAGAUAAAACCGAUACAGAGAAUAAAGAUUGGUCGAAUGUGGGAAAAUAUGGAAGGGAAGUUGGGAAUAGUGAAUAUUUCCCGACAUUUGAUGAAUAUUUUAACAAUCGAUCAAAGGAAGAUUAUGAAAAAUUGGAAGCAGAGAAAUUGAAGGUUCUAACCGAAAAUGCUAGUACAUAUAAAGAUGAAAUAAGAAAAAUAAUGGAAAAAAGCUACAAGAGUGAAUAUGAAAAAUUAAAAAAAGAAGAUGAGGAAGAUAGUAAAAUAAGCAACGAUGUUCAUGAAAAUCUUAAAGUUACAUUCGUUAUGAAGAAAAACAUAGACAACUUUUUGUUCACCCAAUAUAGUUAUAUGAUAAACAAAUUGAAGGAAAAGUCUGAAAUUUUGAAAAGUUUGAAAAAUGUUUUUAACAAUGAUAACAAUAAGGGAAGUAACACAAGUGAUAAUGUAAGGGAAAACAACAAUGAUCAGGUCUGUUCUGAUGAAAAGACUGAAAAAGAUAGUAAUAAUGAAAAGAGUGAAAAAUUGAAAACAAUUGACAAAUCAGAAGAUGUUGAAAAUGGAUUAGCAUUUUAUAAAAAAGGAAGGAAUAAGGAAAAUAAUUUAAUAGAAGAGGUAAAUUUUUUUAAGCCCCAAAAAGGUUAUGCAGAAGAAAAGCGAAUAUCAACAUUUAGUGAUCAAAUGUUUGCAAAUGUAAAGAUAGAAAGUAAUAACUUGUUAAUAAAAGGAGACGAAUAUGGUACUAAUGAUGGUGGAUUAAAACUAGAAAAAGGAGAAGAAGUAGUUUCAAAUUAUAAUAACGAAGAAGAAGGAACAGAAUUAUUUUUAAAAAACAAUGUAUCAGUACUAGAAUUAUUUAAAGAAAAUGUAAAAACAUCAUUAAAGUAUAAAAACGAAAACAUAAUAAAAAAUAAUUUGAAUGAAAAUUUAUUAUGUGGAAGAGUUAAAGUACAUUGGUUUCCAAAAUUUAUGAAAAGAAUAAUUAUGAAAAUACCAGAUUAUAUAAAAAUAAGUGAUAUCAUUAUUGAAGUCAGAAAUGGAAUAAUUCCAUUUGUGUUUGAUGAUUUAUAUGCACUCAAUAUGUUUGAUAUAUUUACAAAUAAACCGAAAAUUAUUGUUUAUACUAAUUGUGAUAGGGCCUCUGUAAAGGGAACAGAAGAGUGGGGAAACUACUACAGAAGAAAGCUUUAUUGGAGUGACAAAAAGUUUAAUCGAAAUAUAAAAAGUGAUUUGAAUGCUUCUAUAAAUAGUGGUAAUAAUAACCCUAUGAAAAAGAGUGCAGUAAUAUUUGUUGAUGCGAAAAAUGGGAAAAAAGAAAUUAUUGUUCUCAAAAAAUUAAUAAAUAGACUUUGUGAGCGUGUUAUCGAAAGUAAGAGGAAAAAAGGGAUACACAAUUAUAAAGUGAAAUGCAUAUUUUUAGGGUUACCAAAUGUUGGUAAAUCUGCACUAAUAAAUAAAAUAUUGGAAAUUAAAAAAACCAAAUCAUAUGAUUUACCGGGUUUAACAAAAAAUAUACAAAUGUAUUCAACAAAAAAAUAUGAACUAAUAGACACCCCAGGUAUUAUAGCUCAUAAUUUAUAUAAACUCAGGGAAAGAGUAUAUGAUAAAAAUAACAGAAUAUUAGAUGAGAUAUAUAAUAAAAAUAAUAAGGAUUAUUCAAUUGAUAAUGUUGUUAAUAUUAAAAAUUAUAAUAGUUAUAUGCAUGUAGAAAAUAAUAUAUAUCUAUUAGCUUUAUGCAAUCAUAUAUCACCAAAAAUGUAUGACAUAUAUAAUAUUGCUGAAGUGCUAAUACAAAAUAUUUAUAAUACUUAUUUAUAUGACAAUGAAUAUGUAGAUUUAAAAAAAAUUAUAAAUAGAUAUCAAAUUAAUUUUAUUGAUUGCAUAAAUUCACAAGGACAAUUUUCUGCUUAUCAUUUUAUUCAAAAAUUAGCAAGAGAUAGAUUCAAUAACGAUUUAAAUCAAGCUUCCAUGAGAAUUGUCUCUGAUUUUAGGAAAAACUAUCUGGGAAAAAUGACUUUAAAUUACCCCAUCUAUUUUAACAAAAAGGCUAUCACCCUUAAACGUGAUAAUCAGUUUGUUAAUUCUGCAAGUGAUCGAUAUGUGGGUUGGUAA